AUGGUACUUCGUGAAGGUGACGAUCUCGACCUAACGCUCGACGUAGCGGCAGGCGAGCUCAGAUCCGUGGGAGAUGAGACAUUUGCACACUUUGCCGGUUCAGACAAGAAUGUGAACGUGACAUGCAUCCACCAAAUUCAUGGCUUCCUAGAUGGUCCUUCCCAAAACCCGGCUACCUUGCUGGUAUUCCGCUUUGAUAUUGGGACUCGAGUCAAAGGUCGUCGCUUUGACUUCUUUUCACCUAGUUUCAAAGUGCGGAAAAAUGCAAUCAGCACGCCGGGUCACGGUGUCUGGGUGGAGGAUUUAUAUGAACCAGAUUGGGUCUAUAUGAGCGAAGUCACGUCGAAAAAGACCAAGAAAAGCUCGAUCCAGCCUUCUCUCAACGUCAGCCCUCCAGCACCGUUCGACAUCGUUUCUGGUGGCCUUACUUGGACUGCCGAGGACUCAGACGAGUGGACUGAGACAUACCGCUAUACAUUGCAGGCCACUCCCACGGCAGAUACUCUCUCGGGACGGCCCACCAAGAAAGAUGGCGUAUACUGGACGGCAGAAGUGGAAGACGAGAGAGCGAAGAAGUCAUCAGGAAUCAGUAAAUUUCAAGUGGCAAUGCUCAUAGGUCGCGAGGACCAAGGGGAUUUUGAACUGGUGAUCAAUAUCAAAGAGGGCGACAUUGACCUUUGGGAUAGAAUCAAGGAAGUCUGGAAGACUGUGCGUGGUAGAGAGAGUAGGGAAAGAAUUGUGACGAUUAGCCCAAGUAAAUCGAGGAGCAAGGCUGUCCCGAUUGACAUUCAUCCCGACUAUCUGCGGAGGCUUGAAGAAAAUGGGCAUCAGAUUAUGAAAGACCUGACCUUUGUUGGCGGCCCACAAUUCCUUCAACCGGCAAGCCUGGCUAAAAUCAAUUGA